AUGAAUUUUUAUACACCAAGUCGGGUGAAUAAUAAAUCUAAAGCCUUUGAAGCAAAUAGAAGUGCUGUGUUGGCGGCAAUGAGAAACAUUGGAGUUGGUCACCAAGGGCUUGUGAAGUUUUGUGGCACAAUGAACAUGUUGGCACCUUUGAAGGCAAAUUCAUACACCAGCCAUGUGACAGCUAUUCAUGGAGCUGCGGAAGUUGUUGCCAAGGCAAGCAUGAAAAGUGCAGCAGACGAGACAAAGGAGUUUUAUGAACCAGAAAAAGAUGGUGUGUAUGAUGUUGGUAUUUUGAAGGCUCAUCGGGUGCAAUGGAUGCUGCUAGUUGUGUGAGAAUUUUUAAAUGAUCAGUUGAACAACAUUCAUUACGGUAUGUGGAGUUUCUUGGUGAUGGAGAUAGUAAAGCUUACAAUGAGAUUACAGAAGCUUUAUUUUAUGGGGAGAAACCAGUUACCAUGCAAACUUGAAUGUGUUGGCCAUGUGCAGAAGAGAAUGGGGUCGAGACUUCGUUCCCUAAAGAAACGUUUGGGAAAGACUCUCCUAAGCGAUGGCAAAGGUAUUGGUGGUAAGGGUCGGCUAACUGACAAGGUUAUUGACAAUUUACAAGUGUAUUAUGGCAAAGCAAUCAGAAACAAUACACACAGCAUGGAAGACAUGGAGAAUGCUGUUUUGGCAAUAUUUCACAAUACCAGAUCCACUGAUGCAAACCCAGACCACAACCUUUGUCCUAAAGAGAAACUAUAGUUGGUGUGGGUAUCAGAGAGAUUUGGCCAAGAACACAAAUGAAUACUCGCACAGUCAUCCUCUGCCAGAAACAGUGUCAGAUUCAAUAUUGCCAGUAUUUACAGAUUAGAGCAAGAGUCAGCUACUGUCUUCCUGUCUCCAUGGUGGUACGCAGAAUAAAAACAUAAAAAAGACGCCUCCAAUGCUUUGAUUUGGCAGCGUGUCACCAAGGACCCACUCAAGCCUGCCAAGUGUAGAACUGGCAACUUUUCCAGCUGUUGGUAUUCUCAACAAUGGAGCUAAAGGAAACCUAGAUAUAUUGGAAAACCUAGGGAUCAAACCGGGGUGUCAGACAAAGAAGUGUCUCAAGAAAACAGACUAUGACCAUCUCCGCCAUUCCACACAAGAGCUCCGACAAGCAUAA